UGACGGAGCGAGCCCGAGGAUGGGACGGCGCCCGCAGCUCCCGCUGGUCAAGGCCCUCCUCCUCCUGGGGCUGAACCCCGUGUCUGCCUCCCUCCAGGACCAGCACUGCGAGAGCCUGUCCCCGGCCAGCAACGUCUCCGGACUGCAGUGCAAUGCAUCUGUGGACCUCAUUGGCACCUGCUGGCCCCGGAGCCCCGCGGGACAGCUCGUGGUUCGGCCCUGCCCUGCCUUUUUCUACGGCGUCCGCUACAACACCACAAACAACGGCUACCGGGAGUGCCUGGCCAAUGGCAGCUGGGCCGCCCGCGUGAAUUACUCGGCCUGCCAGGAGAUUCUCAACGAGGAGAAGAAGAGCAAGGUGCACUACCAUGUGGCCGUCAUCAUCAACUACCUGGGCCACUGCGUCUCCCUGGUGGCCCUCCUGGUGGCCUUUGUCCUCUUUCUGCGGCUCAGGAGCAUCCGGUGCCUGAGGAACAUCAUCCACUGGAACCUCAUCUCGGCCUUCAUCCUGCGCAACGCCACGUGGUUCGUGGUCCAGCUCACCAUGAGCCCCGAGGUCCACCAGAGCAACGUGGGCUGGUGCAGGUUGGUGACAGCCGCCUACAACUACUUCCACGUGACCAACUUCUUCUGGAUGUUCGGCGAGGGCUGCUACCUGCACACGGCCAUUGUGCUCACCUACUCCACCGACCGCCUGCGCAAGUGGAUGUUCGUCUGCAUCGGCUGGGGUGUGCCUUUCCCCAUCAUUGUGGCCUGGGCCAUCGGCAAGCUGUACUACGACAAUGAGAAGUGCUGGUUUGGCAAAAGGCCGGGGGUGUACACCGACUACAUCUACCAAGGGCCCAUGAUCUUGGUCCUGCUGAUCAAUUUCAUCUUCCUCUUCAACAUCGUCCGCAUCCUCAUGACCAAACUCCGGGCGUCCACCACAUCUGAGACCAUCCAGUACAGGAAGGCUGUGAAGGCCACGCUGGUGCUGCUGCCGCUGCUGGGCAUCACCUACAUGCUGUUCUUCGUGCACCCCGGCGAGGACGAGGUCUCCCGCGUCGUCUUCAUCUAUUUCAACUCCUUCCUGGAAUCCUUCCAGGGCUUCUUCGUGUCCGUGUUCUACUGUUUCCUCAACAGUGAGGUCCGCUCUGCCAUCCGGAAGAGGUGGCACCGGUGGCAGGACAAGCACUCGAUCCGUGCCCGUGUGGCCCGCGCCAUGUCCAUCCCCACCUCCCCCACCCGCGUCAGCUUCCACAGCGUCAAGCAGUCCACAGCGCUCUGA